AUGUGGGCACACAGACAUGUGCCCGAGCAGGGCUGCGGCUCCAGAGCAUCCCGGGAGGGCCGAGUGGGACCCACAGGCAGCUCCUGUUCCAUUUGUGAAGCUCUGCACCCCACCUCGGGGCCGCAUCGUUCUGGAAGAAGCGGUGCCUCUUCCUUCUCCAGCCAGGCCUCAGAACUGAGACGCUUUCCUCUUGGAGGAAAAGAGCCGCCCAAGGCCAGGCCUGGCCCAGCCUCUCAACCACUUUCUUUCCGGAGCCUCUCAGGUAAGCCUGUGUUUUGUCCCCUACAGCCUGGGAACGCCAGCCCCAGGAGGAGCCCGCCCAUCAACCUGAACCACUAUGCCACCAAGAAGAGCGUGGCAGAGAGCAUGCUGGACGUGGCCCUCUUUGUGUCUAACGCCACGCAGCUGAAAGCGGUGCUAGAGCAGGGGCCGUCCUCUCAUCACUACACCACCCUCGUCACCCUCAUCAGCAUCUCUCUGCUUCUGCAGGUGGUCAUUGGAAUCCUCCUCAUGGUCAUUGCUCGACUGAACCUCAACGAGGUAGAAAAGCAGUGGCGACUAAACCAGCUCAACAAUGCAGCCACCACCUUGGUCUUCAUCACCGUCGUCAUCAACGUCUUCAUCACGGCCUUCGGGGCACAUAAGACUGGGUUCCUGGCUGCCAGGACCUCAAGGACCCCUCUCUGAACACAGCCUAGAAGGCAGGU